UAGGAUAUUUUAAGUUAAAAAAUUGGUUUUCCUACAAAGUAUAAUGCAAAACUAGUUACACAGAAAGCAGUCAAAUAGCUUACCAUGGGAAAAUAAGAAAUUCCUAUUUAUCUUCCUAGUAUGAACCAAUGAUGAUCCCUCUAGGAUGAAUAGGAAUGUUCUAUUACAGGGCUCACUGUCAUUCAAGGAUGUGGCUGUGGUUUUCACCUGGGAGGAGUGGCAGCUACUGGACCGUGUUCAGAGGAACCUGUAUCAAGAUGUGAUGUUGGAAAAUUAUAUCAACUUAGUAUCAGUGGGAUAUCAAGUUACCAAAGCAGAUGCAUUCUACCGGUUGGAACAAGAAACACCAUGGAUAAUAGAGGAAGAAAGCCAGAGUCAGAUUCAUCCAGAAGACACCUGGCAAGUUGAUAAUCAUAGAGACUGGCACAAAGGAAACCAUGGCAACCUGGAAACUAUGGAGAGUUACCACAAAGAUAAUGCAUUUGGAAAAAUAUCUUCUUUGAGCUUAAACCUUGAUAUCUCCUUAGCACAAAGAUCUUAUACACUGAACAUACUUGGGAAACAUCUGAAACCUAAUCUAGAGUGUAUUACUCAGAAUAAAAGUUAUGCAAGAAAUGAAUUUGAAUUUAAUCAAUAUGACAAAUUAUUUCUUUACACUAAGCAUGAGAAAAUUCAUACUGGACAAAAAUACAAUGAAUAUAAUGAACAUAUGAAAGUUUUCAGCCAAAAGUCACAGCUUAUUAAAUAUUGUAAAACUCAAACAGCAGAGAAACACUAUAACUGCAAUGACUGUGGGAAAGCCUUUUCUCAGAAGUCGGACCUCAUUAAGCAUCAGAGAACACACACAGGAGAGAAAUCCUUUGGAUGCAGUAGAUGUCAGAAAGCCUUCAGGCGGAAGUCCCAUCUCAUUUUACACCAGAGAACCCAUACAGGAGAGAAACCCUAUGAGUGCAACAAAUGCGGGAAAGCCUUUACUGAUAAGUCAUGCCUUAAUAAACAUCAGAGAACUCACACAAGAGAGAAACGGUUUGAGUGUCAUGUAUGUCAGAAAGGCUUCAGCGAUAAGUCACAACUCACUUUACAUCAAAGAACUCACGAAGAAGAGAAACCCUACAGAUGUGAAGAAUGUCGGAAAAGCUUCAGCAAUAAGUCACAGCUCAUUAUUCAUCAGAGAUCUCACACAGGAGAGAAACCCUAUGGUUGCAGUGAGUGUGGGAAAACAUUUCCCCUUAAGUUUAGCCUCAUUUUACAUCAAAAAACACCUACAGGGGAAAAACCUUAUGGAUGCAGUGAAUGUGGGAAAGCCUUCAUCCAGAGAUCUGAGCUCAUUAGACAUCAGAGAACUCACACAGGAGAGAAACCAUAUAAUUGCAAUGACUGUGGAAAAGGCUUUAGUGUAAAGUCACUCCUCAAUACUCACUUGAGAACUCACACAGGAGAGAAGCCCUACGGAUGCAGUGAAUGUGGAAAAACAUUCUCCAUCAAAUUUAGUCUCAUCCUACACCAAAGAACUCAUACAGGUGAGAAACCCUAUGAAUGCAGUCCGUGUCAGAAAGCUUUCACCCAAAAGUCACAUCUCACUAUUCAUCAGAGGUCUCACACCUGAGAGAAACCUUAUGAGUGCAGUGAAUGCCACAAAGCCUUCAGCCGGAAGUCAUAUCUCCUUAUUCAUCAGAUAAUUCACUCAGGAGAGAAACCUUUUGAAUGCCAUGAAUGUGGGAAAGCUUUCUGUCACAAGUUAUCCUCAUCAUUCAUAAGAGAAUCCAUACAGGAGAGAAACCCUAUGGAUGCAGUGAAUGUGGGAAAACUUUCCCUAUCAAGUUUAGCCUUGUUUUACAUCAGAAAACACAUACAGGAGAAAAACCCCAUGAAUGCAGUGAAUGUCAGAAAUCUUUUGCCCAGAGGUCACAUCUUAUUAUACAUCAAAGAACUCACACAGAUGAGAAACCUUAUGGAGGCAGUGAGUGUUGGAAAACUUUCUCCCACAAAUUCAGCCUCAUUUUACGUCAGAAAACUCAUAGAGAGAAAUUGUGUAGAAAAUAGAUAUACAAAAAUUGUCAUUGACAGGAAAUAGCUCCUUACACUCCAGAGUUUACAUAGGAGUGAAACCUUAAGACUGCAGCAGAUGUGGACCUGUCUUCUUUUCAGAAUCACAACGUAUUACUUAUCAGAAAGCAGUACUGCAUAGAAUGCCAGACAGGAGGAAAUACCUUUCCUGAUGAAUGUCAAUUGAAUGUAGCCCAGAGAGAAUAAAUAGAAACUUCUGCGUAUGUUUUAGUUGUGGGGAUGUUGUUGGUAUGAAAUUCAGCUACAUUGGUAUCAAAGAAUUGACAUUCAGGGGAAAAGUCUAUACUUUAAAGAAUCUUGGAAUCAUGCUUUCAUGGGUAUCAUUUUAUGAGGGAAUUAAUUUUCUGUAACUGUGACAUAAUAAACAGCCCUAAUAGAAAGUAUUAAAUAUGUAAAUAAAUACAGUAGUCAGAAAACAAAGCAAAAUUUAUAUCAGGACCAUGUGAGAAUAUGUGUGUUGUACCUAUUUUUAUUAUAAAAUGAUUGUAUUUGGGAAUUGCAUGUGUUAGCCUAAUAGUUGUGACUCCCUAGUCCAUGUGCUUAAAUGUCAUAAAACUUUACCAUAGAAUAUCUGCACUGAGUCUUUGUAUCAUUACAAUGCUACAUAAAUUAUCAAUGAACUACAUGGUUCAUUAUUUUGGUAAAAAAUCUUAAGGGCUUCCCUGGGGGUGCAGUGGUUAAGAAUCCUCCUGCCAAUGCAAGGGACACAGGUUCGAGCCCUGGCCUGGGAAGAUCCCACAUGCCACGGAGCAACUAAGCCCGUGCGCCACAACUACUGAGCCUGAGCUCUAGAGCCCACAAGCCACAACUACUGAGCUCAUGUGCCACAACUACUGAAGCCUGCGUGCCUAGAGCCCGUGCUCUGCAACAAGAGAGGCCACCAUAAUGAGAAGCCUGCGCACCUCAACGAAGAGUAACCCCCGCUCGCCCCAACUA